AUGUUUUUUUUUGUAUUUUCAGCCACCCCAGCUACUUUUGAAACACCAAGCACCAUCCAAGGAACUCCAGCACCAUCUCAACCCAUCUCAGAAAACAGCAGAGGGACUGCAGAAAACAGCAGCUCAACAGAAAACAAUUCAAGUAGUAAAAAAGAUGAAUCAGAUUUCACACUGGACAGGUUCCUUGCAAAGAAUACAAGUGAAGACAAUGCCUCAUUUGAGCAAAUCAUGGAGACAUCUACACAGAAACGCAGAGAGAAGUAUCAAUGGCUUUAUGAAAGAGAGCGGGAACAGAAAGAAAGGAAAGAGGAAAUCCUGGCCUUGCCAGCUUCUGAGGAAGGUGAUCAGUUUAAGUACGAAGACAGGCCUUCAAUGAUAGAGACAUGGAACUAUACGAACAAAAAUGCACUUAUGUAUUAUCCAGAUGGGGUGGAAGCAUCGGUGCAAGAAAAAAUUGAGGGCAAGUACAUCAAAAGACAACAGAUAUUGCAUGCUAACAGCAGGUUUAAGAGGGAUCCAUUUCCUGAGGAUUCUUGUGAGGACAAACUAGCAGCUGCUGCUGCGACUCGCUUAGCUGCCCAGCAAGGAAGGAUUGGAGUGGAUGGGCAAGUUCAGGGAAGCAAUGAAACACCUAAUGUUAAGGGGUAUGGAUUUGUGGCCACACCCUCUCCUGCUCCAGGUAUUUACAUUCAUUAAUCUUAAUCCUUAAAGUCACAUUAUUCACAUACAAACUCUCCAUACAUUUCCUUGAAGAAUUAGANGCCCAGCAAGGAAGGAUUGGAGUGGAUGGGCAAGUUCAGGGAAGCAAUGAAACACCUAAUGUUAAGGGGUAUGGAUUUGUGGCCACACCCUCUCCUGCUCCAGGUAUUUACAUUCAUUAAUCUUAAUCCUUAAAGUCACAUUAUUCACAUACAAACUCUCCAUACAUUUCCUUGAAGAAUUAGAUGAGAGAAUUUGGAAAAAGAUCAAAGCCUUUUUCCCUUGGUGAUCAUUAUAUUAUUUUGUUGUGAUAACCUCUUCUCUGGAUGAUGUAUAGAUAUUGUUAAGAGAAAAAAUAAUUUUAUGAGUUGUAGAGUAAUAUUCUGAUUCUCACUGGAACUUAAAAUCAAGAGCCCACUGUUACGGGUGGCCAUAUUGGUUUCAAAUGCACCGAGGGGUGAGCCCUUGGCUUAAUAGUGGUGGAGGGCGGGGGAGGGAGGUGAGACCUGAUACAUUUGAAACCAAGGUGGCUGCCCUUAGGGUAGGUUCUCAAUCUCGAGAUCAUACUGAAAAAUGGGGGGACUGUGAAAAGUAUAAGGUGAUUAGUGGUCUGAGAAUAGUCGUUAAUUUAAAGAGUGGCAAUCCUUCUAUUUCAUGAAUAUGUACACUGCAAGUUCGUAUUUAAGGUCACUGAUUUUCUGUCAUGUACUUCAGGUGUGGAUGCAUCACCUCUAAUGACUUGGGGAAGCAUAGAAGGCACCCCUUUUCGUUUGGAUGGGGGAGACACGCCUAUUGCCGGCACCCCUGGACCAACAUUUAAAAUGCCAGAACCAAAGAAACGUGACCAGCUUGGCCUAGCACUAGCAGAGAAGGUUAGCAGACAACACAGAGAAAAACGACGACAAGCUCUAGCAACAGCCACUGCAAUGAUUGGCAGGUACAUUUAAAUAAUAUCAUUAGCGUUUAUUGUACACAGGCGGCCCAUUGCCCGGAGUGAGUUACUCUUCUGUGCCCAUGCAAAAGUGUUUUCACAGGCCAGUUCAUUUUUAGAUUGGUGUUCCUGCACAUUUUGCAAAUCAAGUAAUUCCUUACAGACCAGUUAACAGGUUGGUGUUUUGGUGUUGUCUUUUUUCUUAUAUCAUAUGGCAGAUGAGACGCACUCAUUUAUGAGGCAGCACUUCCAUUUUCGCGGAAAUAGUACGCAAACAUGAUGUUAAAAAUAAACUGACCUGUAGAUAGCCGUUGCAUUGGCCACAGUAUUUUAUCACAUAUCAAACAUCACCAAGACCUUAAUGACGAUCCGCAGAGGAGAAUUUUUAUAGUGGUGUUUUAACCGAUCCAGUACCUGGGCACUGAGAAUUAUAUAGCUUGGUAAGCAGUUGUUUCCAUUUUCUAUUGGCCUAACAAAAAAGCAUGGAAGACGCACGAGGCUUUAAAAAACGAUAGACAACAAAAGGAAGGCCUGAUAUUUUUAGUUCCAGUCUACAACUAAAAGAAACGUGGUCUAUCCAACCAUAGUCAUUAAUAGUUCAUUUCUAAGGUCCUUUGUUUUUAAUUUAAUACACUUACUCCAUUGAUCAUACUGGUAUUCCUGUUGGGGGAAGAUUGCAUCAAGCAACUUAACUACAUGUAGGUUUUUCCAUUGUUCCCGGUGUUGCGAAGAAUUUUUUCUCACUUUCUUUGUAUUCCCAAUAUUCCUUAAUCUCUUUCUGCCAAGUUAUCCGUCAAUCCUUGAAGGAAAAUCCUCUGGAACAAGUAGAAUAAUUUAUUGCAGAAAAUUUGCGCCUAAAGUAAUGUUAAACAGUUAAAAUUCUUUAAACAACUGUGACCCCGGGUUCCCAAGCAGGUCAUGGUUUAGUUACCAAGGGCGCCUAGUUCCAUUAAACAUAAAUUCCGGUUUGAAAUUUUGGAAAUUUCACGUGGCCAAUGGAAUGGUACAUUCCGGUUGCACAGACCUAACCCAAGCCACCACGCAUUUGGUUAUUAUUCUCGUAAGCAGGAUGCAAAAGAGGGGUACUGGGGACAACAAUUUUGUCCAAUUGAAACGGACAUUAUGGUCCGACCAACCAAAAUGACCAGACCAGUCAAAGUGAACCACCUUCAAAGGCGGUCCCAAAUAUUCCGGUUGGACCUAACCGAAAUGGUCUGCUCCAUGUGAUUUCUAACUGAAAUUUCCAGAAUUUUGGGCUGAAUGGAAAGUGCUCCAAGUGAUGUUCAGUUUGUCUUUAUCUUUGUUGCACAGGAGUCCCAAGCAUAUGAACACGGUUGAUCGUUUGGGGCAGAUGUCUCCUGCUGCCCAGAGGUUAGCAUCUCAGAGACUGGGAAUAAGAACGGGAACUGAUAAAUCUUUAAGAGCAAGUUACACCCCAUCACCUGCUCAUAGCUUAUCAGGGGACACCACACCCGCCUACCAUCGAGCUUCAACUCCUGCUACUCCACAGGAGAACAGUUCAACACCAUCGAGGAGUGUAUCUCUCACAGAUAACCUUCUCAGGUUACCAAAACACUGA